GCGUAGGAAGCGUAGCACCUGCCACAAGACUUCGAAGUCCCUCGCCGUGCAUGGCGCCAAGCUUCCUAGACAUGGAGGCGGCACCGGAGAAGGCGGAGAAGGAAGUGCCUCCCAGAAUGCCGCCCUGCUUACGUGUUUUCGUCAUCGUCCUAUUCAAUUUCACCACCAGCAUCAUGUUGGUGAACUCUGUGAAGUGUUUGUAUGACUUGUGCGGAUUCAAGUUCCCACUCUUCAUUGCGUCCAUGCACAUGGUCUUCUCUUGGAUGGCCACGGCCAUGUUUGGAGCCUCACCAGAUGGAGAGGGACAGGUUUUGCUCCCGAUGGCCGAGCGGAUUCGGAAGGUCCUGCCCUUCACAAUCCUGCAGGCCGCGUCGAUCGCAUGUUCCAACCUUGCUUUGACCUAUCUCUACCCAUCCUACCAUGAGAUGGUUCAGUCUUUGACCCCUCUCUUCACCUUGACGGUCAGCGUAUUGUUGGAAGGAAAGCGCUAUAACUGCUGGGCCUACUGGGCAAUGAUCCCAGUAUGUGGAGGGGGAGCGAUUUGCUCUUUCAAUGAAGUGAACUUCUCACUCAUCGGCAGUAUGCUCUCGAUUUCAGCCGUAGUGUUCCGGGCCUUGAAGACCAUGUUGCAAGGACGGCUUUUAUGCGAACAGAAAGUGGACUCCAUCACUUUGUGCUACUACAUGUCACCCUUCAACCUUGCAAUCCUUGGCACAGCUUCAGCAUUAACUGAAGGAUGGAGACCUUGGAGGAUGCUUCUCACAGCUGAAAGCAGUUUUGCUGAGCACUCCUACCUCCUCAUGUCACUCACAGUGUCUAGUAUUCUCGCUUGCGCUUUCAACAUCCUAAGCUACCUCACCAUCAAGCACCUUUCUCCCGUUGGUGCAAACGUCAUGGGAAAUGCCAAGACACCGGCCAUCAUCUUCUUUUCCAUGCUCAUCUUUGGAAACGCUGUAGCACCUUUGCAAGUGCUUGGACUGAUUGUGACAUUUUGUGGCAUAUUUUUGCACGCACAGAAGGGUCGUGUUGUGAACAAGUGAAUGUGGGUCCAAACUUGUUGCCCCUCAACACGAUCAUCAUCCCUCAGCCACCAAGUAAAAAUUGCAAGUCCUUUCAGUGUUGGGUGCUCUCUUGGGUUUUGACCCACACCCAAGUGGCGGGAAAGAACCGGCCAGACAUUUUGCUUCAUGGAAAACCAUGAAGCACCUGCACCACAUGCACGUCGCACGUGCAAACGGCCUCUCAGCCUUUGAGAUUUGCAGAAGUGCCAGAUCUGGAGAUUCGGGCUGGGAAGCUGACUGCAAUUGAGAGAAAAUGAAAAUAUGUCAUGUUCAGAUUGGGAGUUAAACUGC